AUGUCGGAAAAAACUAUCCUGGAAGUACAGAAGAUGAUCGAUGAGAAACCAGUUUUCAUUGCUACAAAGUCAUACUGCAAUGAGAGCAACGCCGCCAAGGGUACCCUCUUUGACGAGUAUUCUAUCCUUGACGAUGAGGCCACUGUCCUGGAGCUGGAUAAGAUGUCAGAUGGAGAGGCCGUAUUGUUUGCAUUGUCAAAGAUAUCACAACAAUCAACCUUGCCAAAUAUAUUUAUCAAGGGAAAGCAUAUUGGUGGUUAUCAAGACUUGAAAGAAAUGAAUGAAUCAGGUGAGUUAGAAAAAUUAUUAGAUUCAAUUUAG